AUGGGCAAGGCCAUAGGUUCUCGAGGUCUCAAAAUAUGCUGUGGAGUGACUGCAAUUCUCAUACUUAUUACUGCUAUCGUUUUCACUGCUUUGGCCCUCACUCUUUUCAAGCCAAGGAACCCUGAAAUCGCAGUUUACCCUCAAGGCUUCGACAACAUUGAUUUUGUGACUGUCAACAAUUGUAACUACUGGAGCUUCAAGUUCAAGAACACCGUGGGUUUUAUAAACUAUCGUGGGGCUGUUGUUGCGACGGUUCCAAUUGAACAAUCAUCGGUUCCUAGCCGCGGGAAGCUCAAUAUCAGCACGGUGGCCGAUUUCAAGGUGGAGCGUUUGAUCAUGAACACUACGUUUUGGGCGGAUGUUUUGUCGGGAUCAGUCAAUUUCUCGUCGGUUGCCACGAUGCAUGGGAAGGUGACGAUGUUUAAGUUGUUGAAGAUUCAUGCAUCGUUUCCUAGCAAAUGUGAUAUCUCGAUUUUUAUCCCAACUCGAAGUGUUCAGUCAAUUUGUAAGAUGAAAGUUAAGGUGUAA